UUACUUCUAUUAAUGAACAAGUAUUACUAGAUUACAACUGUAUUGUACCACGCUUACUUAACCACCAAUAUGAGCGCCCACAUGUCGACCAAUGUUUAUUUGAAAGAAUCGCCCGAGGGUUCAAUCCUAGAGACUUUCGGCAAGUCUUUCCCAAGCGUGGACUCCCCAGACCCCACUGAGCGUGCGUACGGGGCGCUGAAAUCCAGCUGUGAGCGCCGUGCAAAAUACCCCUGUAAUCUUUUACAACGGAAGCAACUGCAGAGUACAACGAGACGCUGCCGGCGUAGCCUCGAUGAGCAAGAAAAGAGACUGUUCAAUCUCGACUUCGAGGAGAUUCACUUCCAUGAAUUGGAAGAUGAUGGCACAGAUUACCGAACACUGACGAUUCGCAACAGCCCAUGUGUACGCAAUCAUCUGCACAAAGAUGGACGAGAUCCCAAGUCCCGUUUCGUCUUCAUCCAAGCCGAACACUCACGCGCUCCAUUGAACUGCUCUCGCGACAGUUUCUCGCACAUCUUGUCCUAUCACCAAGUCCCCCCAAACUUCAUCGACUUUGUCUCUGCCUUCGGUUCCACGCACUAUCCGACCGACUACCACAUGACAGGCUUUGACUCGGACGAUACACUCGGUACACAUGAGUCCAAGUUGAUAAACAUUUCCACACUUGGGCGCUCAGGACGCGAGCACCGUAUGCAAUAUCUUUUGCGAUCUGUCGAGCGGGACUCUGGUCCUGACGGAUCCCGCAAGUGGAACAUCCGGCAGACCUCAGUAUACCAUUCCUUUGACCUUGUCGAAGGCAAAUCACUAUGGAUCAAUAUCAAGGCCAAUGGUCUCCUGGAGGAUAGGAUUAGAGAAGCAACCGCCGACUCUGCAAUAGUUGACUCUGCUGCACUGGAAGACUUGUCAAAGUCUUUUUCUGCAACCCUGAUCAUUCACCUUAUCUUCCUUGAGUGGUGCGACGAAGAUUGGCGUACGUCUAUCAACGAUUGUGAGAGCAAGAUUCGCGACAUCUUGGCAAAGGCUCAAACGUCUCAAAUUGCUCAGCCCCCUGAAUUCAGCGCCUCAGCAAGACGCGCCUUAGGUCUGCAGGAGCAGCAGGCCACACUGCUCAGCGAUCAUGAAAAAGUCCCUCUUUCAAGAGCUUUGCUGAAGGGGCAGAAGAUUGGUAACCAUCUCGAGUCAUUAAGCCAUUACAUACACAGGGCCCCACGGAAUGCACAGCAGCCUAGGACGGCUGAAGAUGACGUCCAUCUGCAAAAGAGGCAGCUGGAGAAUCUCAAGAACCUCGAUACCUUUUCUUUCGGAGAAGUCCAGCAUCUUCACUACCUGGGCGAGCAGUUGGAGAGCUAUCGCUUGGUGAUGCAGCUCAACUGUCAAACCUUGCGCGAUAUUGCUGAGCGUUACCAAGAUUUGCCAUCGCACCCAGCGUUUCCAGAAUCUCUUCGGAAAAACUGCAUGGAAGAUAUUUUGUCAUUCGUGCGACGAGUUGAGCGUAUCAGAAAAAAUCUCGAGAUCCGUAUAACACAAAUAAAUUCGCUGCUCGCAUGGCUUGAAAACGGAAAGACAUUAUUCGACGGUAUACUGCAAUAUCGCAGUGUUCAGAUCGGUCGCAUCUACACCGAAAGUUCAUUCGACCAGUCUCAGAAGAUGGAGCGUAUCGCUUACAAAACGGAGAAAGAGACCAUCUCAAUGCACAUCAUCACUUGUGUGACGCUGGCCUUCCUUCCUCCAAUGUUUGUCGCUACAUUCUUCCAAAGUGGACUCGUCGAGGUGAACCAAAAUGCGAAAAGUGUUGAUAACGCAGUCACAUUUCACAAUAAGGCUUUCGCGCUUUUUGCUACGAUAUGCUUCCCUCUCAUGGUCUUCACCUUUUUUUUGUGGAUUCUAGUGUUCAGAUGCCUAUCACGUAGAGCUCGUAGGAGGAUUGCGCCAGGAGAUGUUUGACUUGAACGCUAAUGGUAGGGCGCGAAGCGGGAUGUCGCUCAGCGUCUUUUUCAUGUCUCUCUUUAUAUAACUAUUAGAUUUGGAGAUGGAUUUCCUACAGCAUAUGUUGAUUGAUUAGUAUUCCUAUAUCAUGAUCUUGGUAGUGCCAAACACCUUGAGCAAGAAGCAUUCGAUUUUUGGAUUCUAUCAUGCAAGGUAGGCUCUAAGACGAGCCGCGACCUGUGUACUAUCGGACGCAGUUUUGAUUGCGAAUCAGGCUACUGUAUCCUUCAGCCUCCCCACCAUAAAUGAAACGUUCAUCACUAUGCC